AUGACGGACGUCGAGGACGACGCGCGCGAGACGACGGCGACGGAGCAGGUCGUCACGCCGUGGGACGUCGAGGGAAAAGACGGCGGCGGCAUCGAUUACGACAAACUCGUGCGCGACUUUGGAUGCUCGACGAUCGACCGGGAGAUGAUCGAGCGCGUCGAGCGCGUCACGGGACGAAAGGCGCAUCCGUUCCUGCGACGAGGGAUGUUCUUCGCGCAUCGCGAGCUGGAUUUGAUCCUGGACGCGUACGAGAGGGGUGAAAAGUUUUAUCUGUACACGGGACGCGGACCGUCGAGCGAGUCGUUGCACUUGGGACACUUGAUUCCGUUUCAAUUCACGAAGUGGUUGCAAGACGCGUUCAAGGUGCCGUUGGUGAUUCAGUUGACGGACGAUGAAAAGUUUUUGUGGAAGGAUUUGAGUCUGGAGGAGUGCGGGAGGUUGGCGAGGGAGAACGCGAAGGAUAUCAUCGCGUGCGGAUUCGAUCCAAAGCGAACGUUCAUCUUUUCAGACGUGCAGUACAUGUCGACGCCGUUUUAUAAGAAUAUGAUGAAGAUCGCGAAAUGCGUGACGCUGAAUCAAGUGAAAGGGAUCUUCGGAUUCACGGGUGAGUCGAAUAUUGGGCAGGUUGGAUUUCCGCCGACGCAAGCGGCGCCGAGCUUUCCGGAUUGCUUUCCACACAUGUUCGGCGAGAGCAAGACGAGCUUGCGGUGCUUGAUUCCGUGUGCGAUCGAUCAAGAUCCGUAUUUCCGAAUGACGCGCGACGUCGCGCCGCGCAUCGGUGGCUACAAGCCGGCGUUGAUUGAGUCUCGAUUCUUCCCGGCGUUGAAGGGCGAGAGCGGAAAGAUGAGCGCUUCGGAUGCCACGAGCGCCAUUUACGUCACGGACACGCCGAAGGAAAUUAAAACCAAGGUGAACAAGUACGCUUUCAGCGGUGGUCAGCUCACGGUGGAGGAUCACAGGCGUCUUGGUGGCAAUUUAGACACGGAUAUUAGCUGGAAGUGGCUAAACUUCUUCCUCGACGACGACCAAGCGCUGGCUGAGAUCGGCGAAGAGUACAGUAGCGGCAGGAUGUUGAGUGGAGAAAUUAAGGCAAAGCUUAUCGAAACGUUGGUGCCGAUUUGCCAAGGGCACCAAGACGCGAGAGCAAAGGUGACGGAUGCGAUGAUUGACGAGUUCAUGUCGACGAAGCCUCGCGUCUUUGCGUCCCUUUUCGGCGACAUGGGCGAUGUCGCCGGCGCCUUGGACGAAGCGACAAUCGCGAACACCAAGCCUGGAAUCGCGAUCGGUGCGCCCGAGGAUACGGGCUCGGUGAAGAAGGAGCAAGACAAGGCGCAAACGGGCGAAGAUGGUGGACAAAUGUCCAAGUCGCAGCAAAAGAAGUUGCUCAAGGAGCAACAAAUCGCGGAAAAGAAGCGAGCGAAAGAAGCCGCCAAGGCAGCAGGUCAGGCGCAAUAG